AUGAUAUAUUAUGUCCUUUGCUUAUUAUUCUUGGGAGUCUUACAAUUUUUAAAAAAUUGUAUGUGCAUUUUUAGUAUUUUGGGGGAUAUUUAUCCUUUUUAAUAUUUGUUGGAAAUAUUUGUAUUUGUUUAGGAAGCAGGAGAAAGUCAAGUUCUGGAGUCUGACCUGUCUGCAUACGAAUUAUGACUCCACUACUUCCUUGCUCUCUGAUCCUGGGCAAAUUCUGUAAAAUGGGGAUAAGAUACUCUAGUAUUUUCGUACAUAUACUAAAAAAUGUGGCAAUUGAAUCCAUGUAUAUGACUGAUAGGGUUUAAGUGGCAGUAAGUGGAAAUUACUAUUAUCAGCUUGUAAAUCGGAAUAUUUAAAAAAAAUAACAGGAAAGUUUGACCUAUAUGUAUACACUUUUCUACCCAUUUCUUACAUGACUUUUAUGCUUAGGUAGUUCUCUCUCACCCAGAGGUUAUAUAACAAUUUAAACUACUUUUCCUACAUUUUAUUUUUUGUUUUUAUGUUCUUUUAUUUGUGUGUGUGUGUUUAUCCUUUAAUUCAGCUGGAAUUUAUUGAUAUGUAUAUUGUGAAAUGAGGACCUAAGUUGAUUUGGGGGAGGGGAGGAGACUCUAAACACACCAGUAAUUCCAGCACUGUUUGUUGACUCAUCUUUCUUAAGUUCUUUGAACUCUGAAGAGUUUUGAACACUUUAAACUAGUGCAAAUAACAAGGACUCUGUGGUUAGAGCCACACAUAGCCUGGGUUCAGAGUCUAAUCUCAAGCAAGUAUAGGUUGACUUCUGCCAAGUUUAAGUUUCUUUGUCUGUAAAAUGGGCUUAGUGAGCUGUUAGGAAAAUUGAAUUAGCUGGGUCACACACCCGGAAGGCAUCUGUCCCAUACUAGGCUCCUAGUAAACUGUCCCUUUCAAAGGUUUUUUCUUUCCUAUUAGGCAACUUGAAGAAGCUUCCCCCUUCUCCACUCCUUGGCUUCCCGCCCUGGUUUGUCUGUUCCUUUCCCACAGAGGCAGGAGAGGCAGCCCCGGCAACACAGUGAGCCCGGAUCUGCAGCGGAAAAGCCGCGGCCACCAAAGGUUCCGGUGCCGCAGGCCAACAUUGUGCCUGGAGGGCUCACGCAGGCAGAGGUGGCGCAGCUGAGGGCUUGCGAGGAGGGCGAGGAGGUGGUGGGCGACAUCAUGGAGGAGCUGGUGGAACGAGUGAUGGAUGCCGCCUACAAAUCCUACCUGGAGCGGCAGUGUAUUCCAUACACAGUAGACUGGGCACGGGAGACCAUGCUACAGAUGGUCCAGUUGCGGUUCAUGCCCCGGGAUGAGGGAGAACCCAACCUGGCGGAGGACCCCACGUGGGCCGAGGACGAGGAACCCACACCUUGCCCGAUUGACACCUGGGCUCGGGGAGCCGUGCCCGUGAGGUGCGCGCCCUCCUCAGUAGCACGGAAGAAGAGCCAAGGCACAGGCCUGGACCCCAAGGAUCAGGAGAGCCAGGAUCUUCAGAAGGGGCCUCACCCUGUGCCUGGAGUUCUCAAGGCCAUGUCCCAGGUGGUGAGGAAGCCCACGUUGCUGCCGAAAGUGCUGAAGAUGGCUCCUGGUGCGAGCACGUGGAACCCAGCCACCAAGCAGCUGCUUAGCCCUGCUGAACCUCAACAGGAGGACAAAGAGGGCAGCACCUCUCGUCCCAUCCACACGGGUGCCCCAGAACCCCAAGUGACGGUGGCACAGCCAACAAAAAACUCAGGUCCCCAAAUAUCAUCACUCCCCUCCAAGCACCUGCCCCAUUCUGGGCCCUGAACCUCAGGCAGUGGGAAUCCCGCCUACCUUCUGUCUGCCUGCCAGAAAUAAACACCCGCGUUGCCUUAA